AUUCAUUAACACAGCGCCAGCUCUUUGCUAAGUAACAGCCUUGCCUAAAAAUAAAUAAAAUAAAAAGAUCCCUUAUAAGGAAGCAUUCUGUGAAAGUCAACCCCUGCUGUUUUCUACAUGCCCAUUCCAUUCCCUUGAAGGAACAACAGUUUCAACACGCAUUGCCCUUAUCCUUUCUCCAUUCUUAACUUCUGCACCAGUUGUUGGCCAAAAAUAAACACCAUUCCACAACCAUAUAUGAGCAACAGCAUUCUGGUGUUCCCAACGCCUUCCAGCACUGCCAUCAUUCCAAUGCCAGCAGACUGUCAGCUCCUGAGCACGCUGCAAGGGCUAUGCACAUAACCCAGCUGAAUCGGGAAUGCCUCCUGCAUCUCUUUUCCUUUCUGGACAAAAACAGCAGGAAAAGUUUAGCAAAAACAUGUCAUAAAUUGCUAGAAGUGUUUCAAGAUCCUGUGCUUUGGUCUUUACUGAACUUUAAUUCUCCAGUGGAACUACAGAAGCGUAACUUUCUCCUGGGACCUGCUUUAAAAUACUUGUCCAUCUGCUGGUAUUCAGAGAGAGUCAAGGUGUGUAACAUUGAGGACUGGAUGAAAAACAAUUUCCAGAAAGACUUCUGUAGCAGGCAUGAGAACACUGUCACUGAUUUUUUACUAGAAGUUGGCAACAGAUGUCCCAACCUGCUAUCUCUGACCCUCUCAGGAUGCGGCCAUGUUACAGAUGAUUGCCUUUUGCUUCUCCUCAAGAACUGCCCAAGUCUCAGGACACUCAAACUGGAAAACUGCGCGCGGAUCACUGACCGGACGCUGGAAGCAGCAAUCCUCUAUGGGGGAUCACUGCAAACGCUGCACGUGGAUUUCUGCCGGAACAUAACACAGAGCGGGCUGCAGAGAGUUCAGGAAAAACGUCCCUCAGUAACACUGAGAGCAGAGAGAAGUGCUAACAUGAUUCCAGACAGUAAGCCGGAAAAAAAGUUGGUGGUUGAAAAAUUGGCCAGAAAAAUGGCUCUGCUUUAAGUCAUAAGGAUGGUUGAUUUCCACUUACCUCCAGUGUGGCGCUACUUCAACUACCUGUAGGUAAUCUGCGCUCUGGUUUAAGUCCAAAUAAAUGGCUGAAUGUUUUGUAAAAGCUUCACUGGAAAAAGGCAUGAGUUUUCACACCUUUUAAAGGAAGAACGCCUCUGCUUUUGCUGUUCCUUGAAAGUGGAAAAAUCGUGUUUGUGUCACAUAAUGCAGCACUUAAUCAGUCAAGUCUAAAAAUGUGAAUUGGAGAAAAGCAACAACUGGAAGACCCUUCAAAUUUUCAUUAUGACAACACAGAUUAUUUUGGCAGUAAGGUACAAAAAGAAAUUAAACUAAGUCGUCAAACACAGUAAAACUUCACUUACCAGCAAUCAUGAACUUCAUCACCAAGUCAAAAAAAAGGGUUACAUCACAGAUAUAAAUCAAAUUUGCAGACCUGAACCAAUCAUUUGUUCACCUUUUCUCUGAAGAACGUUACUGCUCAGUAUCACAUUCUGCUCUUAUCAGUCCCCUCUAAGCACGACAGACACCUGUACUGCUGCACUGCAGGGCAGGUGGCUGAGCCACCUCUAUUUACAUUUAGCAUUUAAUGCUUUAAGCAUAUUGUGUUCCAUACUGCGCUGAUCUGCAAAGGAACUGAACAAACACACUGUCACACACCUGUUCCUACCUGCGAUAUGCGUUUCUUAUCACUGCUACAAACGCAUUUCAUCCAGUGCAAAAAAGCAGAAGGGAAAUGAUGAUGCUUUGAGACAGCUCACAGCCUACCCUGCUGCAGCAACUCUGUCAUUAGCAAGUUACAAGACUGAGCUGCAUGCAUUUUUUAUUGUAUGUGUAUGUGUGUAUGCCUAUAUAUAGUUAUAGAUGACUUAAACUACAAGAAUGCAGAUACACACUGGUAAUAUUUACUUUUUCUAUACAAACGUGUUUGCAUAUGUAAAAUACUCUCAAACUGACAUGAUUUUCUCAGAUUGUCUCCAGUGGACAGCAGAACUGAGCCAGAGCAUUCUUUACCUUCAAAUGCAAUUACGUCUGAGAAGCACAAUGCAAUAAGAGUGAACACAAUUCCAGUCUGACUUUGAUGUCUAAGCAACUGAAAAAAAGCCAAACAGCAGAUUGAAAGGAAUGUGUGCACAAUGCCAUGACAGUGAAAACAAACAGUUGGAUAAAAUAAAAAUAAGCAGUUAGUUUGAAUCAUGCUAAGAUAGAAUAUGCAAAGGACAAGAGUAGUUUAAAAAGGAAUUGCACUCAACUGUUUAAUGAACAUCUGUAUUUACAAACAUCAGCAUCCCCUUUUACUUAAUUGCAAAUUGUCUCCAAAAAUACUCUCAUUAUUCAAGAGCCAAAACACACAGUCUGUGCAAAACUGAAUUCUCAGGUACAGUUCUAUUACCUUCUGUAUCUGACUGAACACACGGGCAAAAUGAUGAAGGAUUAAUGGCAUAAAGGAGGUUCAGUACACAGUAAUACAGUCCUUUCUGUAGUGCAUAUACAUGUAAAUAUACAUGUACAACACCUGGAAUUUAAUCCAAGAUGUGAAUAUAUCCCUCCACAACACAGUGAUGAGAUGCAGAAAUCUGCCUGAUUUGAAACAUGAAGCAGCAGGAAACUACACCUGCCUGACCUCAGAGCCCUGGCCCUCCGUCUCCCAGCACUGUUAAAGGGCCUGUCUGGCUGUUUCACGCUACAGCCUGGUUCUUGCUUGUUGCUGAAGAACCUUUUGCCUUCUUCACGAGCCAACAGCAAGAAACAACUUCACCAGAUACAACCUGGAGCUGAAAUUCUUUACAAUUCUUUACUCAGCCCUUUGAGCACCAUCAGCUGGCACCAACACACCAGUUAGUCUUGGACAACUGGGAAGUUUCCCUGAUAAUCCCUGCUAACCUACAGCAAUCGCAAGCAAUAGGAAUGUCUGUUGUCUUCUCCAGACUCAGACCAGUCGUGUACCAGGGGAGUUGAGGUUAAUGAAUUUCCUCCCCCACCAUGAGGCCCCACAACACCCUUAUCAAGGGAUUCCAGUGAGAAGGAGGGGAAAUCAGGCCAGGGCAGCAGAGAAGCACACCCUUCUCUUCAGCCCGGUGACGACGUGUUCCUGAGCACAAACAGCAUUUGCAGCUGGGCACAAAUUGUGGUUGUGGUAUGGAGACCAAAGAGGAUCAUCUUCCACAGCACUUCCCUAAGAUGCAAAUAAAAGUUUCUUUGUAAUAGUACAUUACUUCCCUAGCCAAGUACGAAUGUUACUGAAUACUGCUGAUUAUAACACAAUUACAGCUGCAGGAGAUACCAAACACAUGUGGUUUACUAACAUCAAAGGCAGAUACUUGGAAUGUAUAUAAAAUCCACAGCUUCAACCACUAUCCUGCCACCUUCAUUUAUUGGCACUCUGUUUCUGAGUCACAGCGGCUGUGUAUUAUUACUGUCAACAAGGAAUACUCUGGAAAAGUGUCCAAAUGAAAGUCAAGAAGGAAUCACGUACAACUUUAACUUGUAUUGAAGUACAUGGCAUAAACAGUGAUACACCUGAACCUCAAAGACAUGAAGAACGCAGGGCACAGUCCUACCCAUCAGACAGUAGAAGAUAAACAUUUCAGGGUGUUCCAAACAUCACAGCCUGACUAAACAUGGUAAUACUAUCAUUUCCUGAGACAAAACGAAGUACGAAGACUAAAUAAACCAAUACACAAUUCACAAAUGCAUCCAAGCAACCAAUUCUCGAAUUUGCUUUAUUUUUCUCUGCAUAAGGAACCCUGCACAGGCAAUUCAAAUUAGAACAAAAUAAAUAUGUGAAUAUUCAUGUAAAACUGCCCUUGCUAAUGAACAAUUAUACACAAUGUACAACCCUUCAUGUCCACUGGGAGGGCUUACAAAUGUACUAUUCCCAACAAAAAUGCACCCAAAUGUCUCCAUGCAAACUUAUCAAAAGUGACCAAAAAAAGGAGAAAAAAAAUUAUUGAUCAUACUUUUUUUUUCUUUUUUUUCUUUUUUACAAUCACAAAAAAAUAAAAACAUCUAAUUUUUUGUUACAUUUAGAGUAACUAAAAUGUGGCCACUGUUUAUUAACAUCUGCUUUUAUGCUCCUAAAACAUCUAUGGUUACCAUAAAAUUAUGUCAACAACAAAUUGGACUUAGGGCACUAUUUUCAGUAAAAGGAAGAUGAUUUUGUUCACAGAAUGUUAAUAAUCUGUGUCUGAGCCCUCUGCAUUGUCCACAUUCCGUGAGAGCAUAUAAUUGUCCAUAUCUAUAGACCUGCAAUUAUUGAUUGCAUAGCGCAAACGCUCUGCCAUGAUUAGUUGACUGGAGUAAGGUGGGAGCCUCAGUUGAAAGAAACAAGUCUGUGAGGUAGGCAAGCUGUCGUAAGGCUGUGGAAAUGGAUAAAAGGUGGGACACCGGUAAGUUUGUGAAUAAGUAGAAAAUGCAGCAUAUCCAUAUUUCAUUGCUUCCAUCUUCCCUGCCUCUAUCGUCCAGCAUUUUCUCAGUUUACCUCAAUAUUUCUCUUAAGAAGCAGACUAGCAUCUCGUUUACAUCUCCUGUCUCCUGAAUGCUGUGACAAACUACUGUUAUAUCAACUGCUCUGACUUACUCAGCUCGGUAAGGAAACACAACUAUUGGAACUCUUGAUCGCAAUAUUUAGCAACCCACUGGAAGAUAACAAACAACAUUCAAAUUUAUGUACUGUACCAUGCCUUAACAUGAGGUGACGUGAAAGACACCUAACCAAAGAUGACAGUCCAACCACUGUUAUCUUUGCCCAAAUAUUUGAUUCUUACAGUUAGAGAACGUGCUUUCACUGCCCAAAACAAUGACACAAUGCAAAACGUAGGCAUCCUGUACACGAUGCACUUCAAGGAUACAUACUAUAAAACUCAGGCUUCAGAGUUUGUUAACGGUCAUAUGACAAACUUAUGGGUGUAAAAAUUAUCAAAUGAAAAAAGGAAAUGCAACAGAAAAUGACCGUGUACGAGUUACAACAGAAGAGGUUUGGUUUCCUCAUGCAAGAGCUUGUCUUGACCUCCAAUCACAGAAUUACAGUAAAUGCACCAUAUGAAUUCAUACCCAAUUCAUGCAGUGUUCCAGCUCCUCCACUAUUAAGAUCCUUGGUUUUAAUACCUCAGAGAAUACCCUACUCCACGUUUUCUCUGUAAAUGUACAAUUAUGGAAACCUGGCUCCUAUUGCCAAUGGACAGAUUAAGCUAAAUAGGAAUAAUAAAUACAGAUAAUGUUAAAAAAAAAAGAAUAAAAAGAACAGCAUCUUACCCUAUCAACCUUCAUUAUUUGGAAUCGCUGAGAGAUAUCAGCUGUGUUGGCUGGUAAUCGAGAUCUUCCUGACACAAACCUCAUGAAAAGGACUCUCUCCUCAUUGGAAAAUUCUUCCAGGGUAUGCCAGAACCACUGCACGAGCUGAUGCUGCUCAUCAACUUCUCUGUAUCGCACAACUUUCUUCAGAACUUCAACUGAUAUUUCUGGCAUUCCACAGACCAUUUGCUCCAACUGCUUAGCAGUCAGAAGAGACAACAAGGGAACGGGAACAAUCCAAGACAUGCCUUCUCUUACAGCAGCCACCUAUUGCCCAAAACAGAAGAAACACUGGGAAUGCAAUUGUCUUACCUCUGUCACAUACUGUAACUUCCAAACAAAUGCAGUGGCAACUUAUCUGCUGAGGAACAGGGUAAAAGGAGAGAACAUCUGCCAAAUACAUAUGCAUCCCCUGUAAGGUCUACUACAUCCUCUCUCAAAAUUCUGGAGAAUAUUAAAGGUACAAAACUGAAAUUAUUUUUAAUAGUAACUGCAAAUGACACAAUAUAGAAGAACUUAAAGUGCAAGUUACCAGCACAAAUAACAGUGAAACCAAAAAGUGGUGCAGAUAUCAUACAUCUGAGCUGGAACAAAGUUGGUUUUUUUUUUCUAGAAGACAUGAUUUGGUUAACCUUGUUUAGAGAGUUAUCUUCCUAAUGCAGGUAGCAAUACCCUGCAUAUAUCUAUACAUGGAGUAAAAGGAAAAUAAUUUUCCUCACAAGUAAUUAGCAUAUUUCGUGCUUUUAUGGGCUUCACUACACAACUGACAAAAUACACAGAACUAUGAAAAUAGAAACAGUUUUAAAAACCAA